AUGUCGUUUUCUGUCCCGCGGUCUCUCCCUCGGCUUGUGCGCUCCUAUGGGACCGUUCAGGGUCCCCCCAGUGCGGCCUCUAUUGCCGGUCGAGUGCCCAGUGUUCUGGUGGAGGCUACCAAUGCCACCACGCCUCGUAUCACCUGGACGCGUGAGGAAGUGUCCCAGAUUUACAACACACCCUUGAACCAACUCACAUAUGCCUCGGCCGCCGUGCACCGUCGUUUCCACGACCCCUCAGCCAUCCAGAUGUGCACACUGAUGAACAUCAAAACGGGCGGCUGCAGCGAGGACUGCUCAUACUGCGCCCAAUCCUCUCGAUACGACACGGGACUCAAAGCCACAAAGAUGAGCCCUGUAGAAGACGUGCUCGAGAAAGCCCGAAUCGCCAAAGCAAACGGCAGUACCCGGUUCUGCAUGGGCGCUGCCUGGCGCGACAUGCGCGGCCGUAAGACCAGCCUGAAGAACGUGAAGCUCAUGGUCUCCGGAAUCCGCGACAUGGGCAUGGAAGUCUGCGUGACCCUCGGUAUGAUCGAUCAGCACCAAGCCAAGGAACUCAAAGAGGCCGGCCUGACCGCAUACAACCACAAUCUCGAUACCUCUCGUGAAUUUUAUCCCAACGUCAUCACCACCCGUUCGUACGACGAGCGUCUUCGCACACUGGAUCACGUUCGCGACGCAGGCAUCAACGUCUGCUCCGGUGGAAUCCUCGGCCUCGGCGAGAGCGAUACAGACCGCGUCGACCGGAAAAUGGUCCCCUUCGACCGUCUUCUUCGAACCGUCGCCACUGCCCGUAUCGUUAUGCCCGCUACUAUUGUUCGCCUCGCCGCCGGUCGCAUCGCUCUGACCGAGGAACAGCAGGUCGCCUGCUUCAACGCGGGUGCUAAUGCCGUGUUCACUGGAGAGAAGAUGUUGACUACGGACUGCAAUGGCUGGGACGAGGACCGUGCCAUGUUUGACCGCUGGGGCUAUUACCCCAUGAAGAGCUUCGAGAGACCCGAGCCGAAGCAGGCUGCUGAGACUACGACCCCGCCUUCUGCCGGGACUGAGGCUGCUGCGCAGGUCGCGGCUAGCUCUUAG